AGCUUUCCAUUUGAAAACGGGAUGACGUCUCAUAUCAAAAUGAUUCCAGAAUUGUCAAAGGAGUCUGUUUCAAUGCGUGAUCCACAGCGUGUAGAAGAGACACUGAAUUCCAUGAGACAAGCAGGACCCAACACGUUACAGGUCAUUUCAGACUUCGACAUGACGCUAACCAGAUUCGCUCACAACGGCAAACGCUGCCCCACCUGCCACAAUAUUCUGGACAACAGCAAGCUGAUAAGUGAGGAGUGCAAAGCCAAGCUUAAGGACCUGCUGAAUACGUACUACCCAAUUGAGAUUGACUCUUCACGUUCAGUGGACGAAAAGCUGCCGCUGAUGGUAGAGUGGUGGACUAAAGCCCAUGACCUUCUGGUGCAGCAGCAGAUUAGAAAGGACCGGCUCGCUAUAGUGGUGGAGGAGUCUGACGCAAUGCUCAGGGAUGGGUACCGACAGUUCUUUGACCACCUUAGGGAUCAGGACGUCCCAUUGCUCAUCUUCUCCGCAGGCAUCGGUGAUGUCCUGGAGGAGGUGAUCCGGCAGGCGGGGGUUUUCCACCCAAACAUCAAAGUUUUCUCCAACUAUAUGGACUUUGAUGAGUCUGGUGUGUUGCGAGCGUUUAAAGGGGAGCUGAUCCAUAUCUAUAACAAACGUGAAGGAGCGCUCCUGAACACAGGCCACUUCCAGGAGCUCAGGGCCAGACAUAACGUCCUACUUUUGGGGGAUUCACUGGGUGACCUUACCAUGGCCGACGGAGUCCAAAACCUGGAGAAUAUUCUGAAGAUAGGAUACCUCAAUGACAAGGUGGAGGAGAGGAAGCAGUCCUACCUGAACACCUACGACAUUGUCCUGGUGAAAGACGAGACCUUGGACGUACCCAACGCCAUCCUGUCUUACAUCACCGGCAGCCAGUGACCCUUUAACCCCCAGCACAUCUGGACAUACAAUCAGAGACAACAGCUGCAUUUGCAGGUCCAUGUAUAGCAAACUGCUGUCAACAGAACAAAAAGGCAGAACCCCCGCAUUCAUCAUGAAAAGGCUGGGUUUAGUGGAACAUUAGUGUAAUAGUCUUUAAACUGUCUGGAAGUUAGCAGCACUAUUUGGCUAAGCAGCUGAGAGCACGGGAGGUAUGUUCUUUAAAUACAAUUGAAAUUUAUCAAAACAAUCAAAAUGGCUAAUUCGGUAACUCUCCCCUCUGCAUGAGCGAUUGCAUAGAUGGCUAUUCAACGUCCCAUCUUGUCAGCUGGAUUUCCAGCUCCUCCCAGUUAUACAGUGUUAUCAGUAAAUAGUGUGAAGACCACAGACCAGUAUGGUUCCGUCCGUCUGCCUUUUGAGGUGGACGCUGGGCUAUAUUUAGAGGAUAAGCCUCCCAGUGCUGUCUUUUAAAAUGGCGAUAGUCUAGAAUUUGGCAAAACCCAAGCAGUCAGCAACACAAGGGACCAGAGGCGGAUCUCAGACACAGCCAGCGACCGGAUCUUAAAGCAGAAUUGGCAGAAUUUCUGUUUACUACUUGUUUUUGUCCUCUCCUUACAGAAGCAGAAGCGCACAUACUCAAAUCCGUUUUUUCUUUUUCUCGUCCUAGUUACUGAUUAUGUUCAGUGUUCACUUGAGCUGAUGUGAAAGUAAAUGCAUUUUAAGAGUUUGACAGAUGGGGAAUUCAAAUCAGCAUGAGGACUCAGAGAAGACAUGAUAACCCCGGGUUGUUUUAAGGACUGCUGUACCAGUAUUGCUGAAGUGUUAACUAAAGGGAAAACUUGUUAUCUGAUUGUGUCCACAACUAAU